AUGGAACCACCAUUUAAAAAAAGUAAACGUCCAACUGAUUUUAGUAUACGUUCAUUAAUUGAUUCAACAAGUAAUGAAAGUUUUCAAUAUUCACCAACAUCAUCAUCAAUAGGUAAAAAUAGUAUUAUAACAAGAUUAUCUUGGUUACCUGAUGCAGAUAUAAUUGAUAAAGCACGUAAUAAUGAAUUACCUAAAAUAAAUGCUAAAAUAUGUUCAUUACGUAAACAUAAACAAAAUCGUAAACCACGAACACCAUUUACAACAUCACAAUUACUUGCAUUAGAAAAAAAAUUUCGUGAUAAACAAUAUUUAACAAUAGCUGAACGUGCUGAAUUUUCAUCAUCACUUAAUUUAACUGAAACACAAGUUAAAAUUUGGUUUCAAAAUCGUCGAGCAAAAGAAAAACGUUUAGCUGAAGCUGAUACAGAAAAAUAUCGUUUAAUACAAAUGAAAGAAUAUGCUACAAAUAUGUUUCAGCAUCAUUCAUUGUACAAUUUUAUUUCACCUUCAACUACAACAUGUUCAUCAUAA